AUGGAUCAUAAUAAUAAUAAGCUUGUAUCUGUUUUGCUGCUGUUCUCAAGCUUCUUGCUGAUGAGAACAUCAGGGGCUACUAACAACUACAAUGUCGUCAAUUUCGGUGCUAAACCGGACGGUCGAACCGAUUCAACAAAAGCCUUCCUCAGCGCAUGGAAAGCUGCUUGCCGUUCAGCUGCAAGUGUUACAGUGACGGUCCCUAGAGGGAGCUUCUUGUUAAAACCGGUGGAGUUUCGUGGUCCGUGCCGCAGUCGAAUCACGUUCCAGAUAUCUGGAACGAUUGUAGCUCCUUCUGAUUACCGUGGUUUGGGUAAUUCCGGUUACUGGAUCCUGUUUGUGAAAGUUAACCGGAUCACGAUCAAUGGAGGGAAGUUAGAUGCUAGAGGUGCUUCUUUUUGGGCUUGUCGAAAUUCCGGAAAGAAUUGUCCUGCUGGAGCCAGAUCGAUGACUUUUAACUGGGCAAACAACAUCGUAGUGAGCGGCCUAACGUCAAUAAACAGCCAAGUAACACAUUUAGUGAUAAACAGCUGCAACAAUGUAAUUGUCCGGAAAGUAAAGUUAGUGGCUCCAGACCAAAGUCCCAACACAGACGGCCUCCACAUCCAGGCGUCUACUGGUGUGACCGUAACCGAUAGCACGUUUCAAACAGGAGACGACUGCAUCGCUAUCGGUCCGGGAACUCGUAACCUCUACAUGUCUAAACUCAACUGCGGUCCAGGGCAUGGAAUCAGUAUUGGGAGUCUAGGGAGAGAUGCUAAUGAAGCUGGAGUACAGAACAUAACGUUGAUAAACUCUGUUUUUUCUGGUUCGGAUAAUGGUGUUCGGAUCAAGACAUGGGCUAGACAGAGCACAGGUUUUGUGAGAAACGUUUUGUUUCAGAAUCUGGUCAUGAAAAACGUUCAGAAUCCAAUCAUUGUUGAUCAGAAUUAUUGUCCGACUCAUCAAGGCUGUCCUAAACAGGGCUCUGGUGUGAAGAUUAGCCAGGUUGUGUAUAGAAACAUUCAAGGGACGUCUCGAACACAACAAGCUUUAACGUUUGAUUGCAGUCGUAGUAAUCCAUGCCAAGCAAUUAGAUUGCACGAUAUUAAGCUAACGUUCAACGGACGGUCAGCUAGUUCGACGUGUAAGAAUAUUAAAGGAGUUAAGGCAGGUGUGGUAUUGCCACAAGAUUAUAAAUCAAAGUUGAUAUUUGAACCUACAUGGAGCGUGGUCGGAUGGAGGCACGGAGCUGGUGGCUGUACUGCUGUAGAAAUAGUUUUUUCGAGGAGGAGGACCAGAGUUCAUGGAGGAGAGAGACUGUCAUCAUCGCCUUGUUUGGUGUUGGCUUCAAUGGAGGAAAGAUUGGGAAAAGAGAGGAAGAGAGAAGGAGAUGAAGAAAAUGUAAGAGGAGUAGAGAUGGAGGGGAGUUAG